GUAAGACUCCGAAUGUGUUUUAGUUUAGAGACAUUAAGUGGAGAAAUUAAUCAACAGAAGUUCAUAUUUUAUAUUUUUCAAAAAUGUAUCAGUAGCUGAUGGUUAACAUAGUCAAAGCUUUAUUUCACAAUCAAGCUUUUGUACAUUGUCACUUCUUUCUUUACAUUUCACUUUUAUGCAACUGCUUCUUGGAGAGUAUGAAAUCCAAGAUGGAAGGAAAAUAGAACCAUGCAUUCUAAUGAAAUUAACUUUUUGAACAUUUGUCCGUAAAUUGAUUCUUUUUUGACCGAUAUAAACAUUAAGUUAUUCAUAACAGCACGUGCAAUAAUUGGACCGUUCACCACCGCAACUACGAAAAUGACAGACGAGAAAAAAGAUGCAACUAUGAGAACGGAAGAGUACAAGCUAGAAGCAGUUUCAGAGCUUAGGUUUGAAGUGGAAACUGGGUCUGAUGCAAGUGUACAACUGGAUCUACUGGAAGGGAUGGCUGAGGUUUUUGGUGCAGAGCUUACCAAAGGGAGACAAAUCACAUUUGAAGAAGGAGCAAAAGUAGCUGUGUUCACAUGGCAUGGUUGUCUUAUCAAACUAGCCGGUAAAACAGAAGUGGCAUAUAUUGCCAAGGAGACACCGAUGGUGAUGUACAUCAACACUCACGCUGCCUUGGAACAGAUGAGACAGAAGGCAGAAAAGGAGAAAACACGUGGACCAAGGGUAAUGGUGGUAGGACCCACCGAUGUCGGUAAGAGUACCCUGUGCCGUCUUCUCCUGAACUAUGCGGCUAGGCUGGGACGUGCACCAAUAUUUGUGGACCUGGACGUGGGACAGGGAGAUAUUUCUAUACCCGGAACAUUAGGCAGUAUAGUGGUAGAAAGGCCGUCAGACAUUGAGGAAGGAUACAACCUUAAUGCUCCCGUCGUGUUCCACUUCGGAAGCUCCAGUCCUUCACACAAUACACAACUCUUCAAACUUCUGGUGUCAAAGAUGGCCGACACAGUUAACCAAAAAUGUGACCAGAGCAAAAAAUGUUGUUCGAGUGGGGUCAUCAUCAACACAGGAGGCUGGGUGAGGGGAGCUGGCUACGACAUGCUCAAACACAUUGCUGGCUGCUUCGAAGUUGAUGUUAUAAUCGUGCUAGACCAGGAAAGACUGUACAAUGAAUUAAAGCGCGAUAUGCCAGACUUUGUGGAGGUGCUUCUUCUACCCAAGUCUGGAGGGGUGGUGGAGAGAAAUAGUAGUGUGAGGGCUGAUGAUCGGGACUUAAAGGUCCGGGAGUACUUCUACGGCCUACGCAAGGACAACAAAGACAGCUUCUACCCCCACCCUCUACACAUCAGCUUCAACGAUGUUAAAAUUUACAAAAUAGGAGCUCCCGCCCUGCCAGACUCCUGUCUACCUUUGGGGAUGAAAUCCCAGGACAAUAUGCUAAAACUCGUCCCUGUUUCACCAAGUAACGGCCUACUACACCACGUUCUGAGUAUCAGUAUGGCUACUAGCAUGGAGGAUAAUAUUCUGGAGUCAAAUAUUCUAGGACACGUUGUCAUUACUGGUGUGGACAUGGAAAAACAGAUGUUUACAGCGCUCUCACCCUCAGCCGUCACUCCUCCUCGUAACAUCUGGCUGAUGUCCGAGAUCCAGUUUAUGGACAUUGAUUGAUCGUUUCCCAGUAUUUUUUGGAUAAAGAGAAAUAACAUUCCAGCUGCAACAAAAGACAAGAAACAACAAUACGUCAGCUAUAUAAAGUGGCCACUAGCCUUUAUUUAUAUCCAACACCAGGAACAAUGCGUCAGCAAUUUUACCUGACUGUUUUGGGUUAAGAGGCAUAUCUUGUUGUUUGGAAAGUUCAACUGGUCACAACCAAUGGCUGUCUGUGCAUGCCCGUUGAACAUCGUGAAGUAGAUGGAGGUCGUGAUGGUGAUUACUAUAUAUACACAUCCAACAAGUUCCAGUGUAUAGAAACAUCCAGCAUGUUGUUAUAGUAGAGAAACAUCCAGCAUGCUGUUAUAGUAGAGAAACAUCCAGCAUGCUGUUAUAGUAGAGAAACAUCCAGCAUAUUACAAUGUCAUUGCCAUUUUUCCAAUAAAGAUGGACAGACUUGAAUUCAUUAAAUUGAAUCCAGAUUCUUGAUCAGACUUCAUAUGCUCAUAAUAUAAUGAUUAAAUAAGGACUCCAUUCAUUGAUUUUGUAUACACCUGUGAAGCAGAGCAUAUUAUGCUAUCAUGCUUUUCAUUUGUUCGGUUGUCCAUCUGUCUGUUCAUGUUAUAACAUUUUCCUGUAGUCCAACAGUUCUCAUAUUUUACACAUGCCACAGUAUCAUAUUAAAUUGGCAUAUCAUAAAACCGGGGUCCUGAUCAGUACGUGGAACACUUUAUCACCAUAAAGCAGGAGCAUACAUGUUAACGUUUCCACCUUUGUAACAAUCGUUGGUGCCAUUAUCAUUGUGUACAUGUGUUUUAUCUAGUGGAGAGAAUGUCUACAUCAUGGGGUGAGCCAUUAACCCCAUAUUAAUUAUCAGAGCCCAAUAGUUCAAGCCUGAUCAGCUUAACGCCCAAUAGUUCAAGCCUGAUCAGCUUAACAUAACUUUAAAACAAAUUUCUCAAAAUAAUGUUUUUUGAGUCAUUCCAUUAGAUGCUCCUUUAAAACUAUAGUUCAGAUUUUUUUUCUUUUCUAAAUAUACUGGUUUGAAAGUUUGUGUUAGUUGUUGUUAAGCUAACCAGCCUUUGAAGAAGUCAUGCCCUGGACUGAGUUUAACCAAGCUUUGUUAGCAUAAUAACUCUGGAAACAAAACAUUGAUGUUGUGGGAUUCAGAAUCACCAUCACAUAAUUAUGAAGAUCACAUCAUAAAGCUGUUAUGGUUUGGUACAACUAGAUUCUGAAGUAUGCCGAGAAGUUUUUAUGUAUUCGUCGAGUUAAAAAUUCAACAAGCUUUUUCACAAACCUUAAAACAUGAACCUCUAACAUUGUGAAUCUGAAUGUCAUAUUAUUUGUUACAUGUACAUAUGUUAAUAAAGAACGCAUAUUUUUAAAGUAAAAA